AUGCCUAAAAAACCGAAUAAAUUUGGUAUUAAAGUUUGGAUGUUAGCCGAUUCUGAAAAUUAUUUCGUGCCGCGCUUUCAAGUUUACUUAGGUAAACAACAAAAUGCCGAAAAUGCCGAUGAAAAUGAAGCGGAAGGGGCGCGAGGUCUCGGUUUUAAAGUUGUUGAUUUCCUGGGAAAACCCUACUAUAAUACUUACCGUCAUUUCUAUUUCGAUAACUAUUUUUCCUCGAUUCCUUUACUCGAACAUUUGCUUGCAAAAAAAACUUACGCAUGCUCGACCUUGCGCCACAACAGGAAAUAUUUUCCUGCUGAUUUGAAAAAAAUAAAACUUAAGCGUGGAGAAAUGAGAACUCGACAAAAUGAAAAUUUAGUUUGUUUGGCAUGGCAAGAUAAACGUUUAGUCACGAUUUUAUCGACCAAUGUCGAUCCACAGCCCGAAGUUUUCGGCCCUUUAGAUGAACGCACUGGAAAAAGGAAAGUCGUUCCCGAGGAAGUGCGAGAAAAACCCGCCGUCAUAUCAUUGUAUAAUAAGUAUAUGAACGGUGUGGACGUAAACGACCAGUAUAGGAGCUACUACCCUGUAGGAGCUCAAUCUAAAAAGUGGUGGAAAUAUUUGGCUUGGUUUUUUGUGAAUAUUUCGAUUGUAAACGGUUUCAUUUUACAAAAUUUGCAGACUGAUCGACGCCGUCGCCUAAAACAUUUAGAUUUCCGUCUUGUUUUGGCAAGACAACUUAUUUCGACCUAUAACGGCUACAAAAAGAUUUCUAGUGCUCCGAGUGGCCGUAAAAAAGAUGUUCCAGUGGGUAGAAAUGUCAAGGGCCAUAGUUUAGUGAAGUCUUCAGAGCGAAAACGAGCGUGUGGGAUGUGUUCGAAAGCGGGAAGGAAGCGUGCGUCAGGAAGAACGUUUGAAAGUAUAUAUAAGUGCGAGCAAUGUAAUGUAAAUCUUUGUAGAGAGCGUGCAUGUUUUAUGGAAUGGCAUCAAUAAAGUUAGUCUUACUAUUAGACAAAACCAUUCAAUGUUUGCAUGUUUUAUAUUAUGCUGUAUGUAGUGUUUUUUAAUAAAAGACUGGCUCUUUGCCAGGCAGUUUGCCGAACAAGGAAGCCAUGUCAAUGCAGACAUGACAGCUCUGUCAUCAUCUAUCAUACUAAAUUUCAGAUUUCACCCCCAAACUCUGCUUGUUUCAUUUAAGUUUAACAAGUAUAUAAAUCACAGGUAAAUUUCUAUAAAAUUAAGACAAAAACCAACCCGUCAAGGCAUGUAUUUAUAGGUGCAUUUUGUUUUCAAAUAUUGUUAUGGAGACAAAUUAUACUAUAAUUAUACAUUACAUAUUUUUUUGCAUGAAGGCAACUAAAAAUAUUCAUGAAAAAAUCUCAUUUUUUUAGUAAUACAACCCCAUUCGUUAUAAGAAUUCAAAUCCUGGCUUUUCAAGUAUUUUGUAAAACAAAAAUCAUAAAGGAAAUGAUAGAAAUGUUAAAGUUUAUAGUAUUUCAAGCCUUUAAAUAUUCAAUGUCUUAAUUACAAAGGAAACAUUUUUAAGAAAUUAGCUAUGUAUGAAGUUCUCACUCAUUUAUCUUGUCUGUUAUGGAUCUAGUUGUGCUCAUUUAUAGAAAAAAUGAAAGCUUAUUCAUUACUCUAUUGUCUUGCCAAAUUUCAUGUUUUACCAUUACAUUGCACUUGAGCUAGAACCAUUCAUGUAAACAUAGUUGGCAGGAACUAAAAUUCGCCAUUUUGCUUGUCCACUUUGGGGGUAGAAACAUUGUAACAGCUUGCACGUUAAUGAGUUAAAUGAAAAGGCUUACUGUUCGAAAGAGCCCCAAGUCAAAACAGCUAUUGCAUGCCUUGAAUUAUUAUUAUACACAUGUUCACAUUAUAAAUUUUCUGCCAAAUUAUAAAAUGAAUUCAAGGAUUAGGUAAUUUAGAUUGUAAAUAUUGAACUAUGGAAUUAUUUCAUUCAAAUAUGUUUGCUUUGCGUAGCUGUAUAUUUCCGGCAAUGGAUUCUUUCUGCUGUUUGGUAAAGGCCCAUCUAGACGAUAUAUGACUAGUCAUAUAUGAUUUGUAAACAUGUUGCUAUCACAUAUUUUGUUUUCAAAGCUGGUUUUAUUUUCCAGGUUUGGUCAGCGUGGAAGCGGGCCAUUUUUCGACUAAUCCAAGUGGGGCUGCUUUGACUUGGGGCUGUUUUGACUAGGGGCCGUUUUGACCGAGCACCAAUAAAAAGCAAGCUAAACAUACUUAUCCUGGACUAUUUUAUUUUUACAGCAAUUGUGAUAGUUGCAAUUGUUUCUUAACUGUGUUUAUCCCACCCUGUCACCCUGUGGGAAGAAACCAGAGCACCCAGAGAAAUCCCAAGACUUUAGGCAUAGUGUUGACUGACUCUUUUCACAUGGGUCCGUAUGGAGAGAGUGGAACCCACAAACUCAAAGGUGCUCUAACAACUGUGUCACUGAAUUUCCUUUAAAGGAACAUGAGGACAGUGAUGCAGGUAGAAGUGACCUUGAUUCUCACAAUUUUGGGCACAAUCCCAGUGCUAUAUAUAAAUGUGAAAAUCCAGAUUCUCAGCAUUCUUCAAAUAAUCAAAAUGAAAUGUUUUGUGAUGUUUCAAGAGCUAAAGAUGACAUUAAGGUGCCAGGUAAUGAACCAUGUUACUACAGUUUUGAAGAAAAGUGGGACAUAUUUGAUCACAGUGAAUCAAGUUCAGAAUCUUGA